AAAUUUAAGGACAUUACACGUAAACGAAGGGAUAGUAGUGAGCGUGCCAUAAGAUCAACGAAACACUUUAAGAAUUCCCAUAGACGUGUUGGCAAUCGAAACAAACUGGACGAAAACGAUAAGACAAAUAUUCUUUUACACUUCCCAUUAAUGGUAAAUGAUGCUCAAUUCAACUACGAGCAAAUCAAUGAGGCUAAUGUGAGGCUAAUGAUUCUAUAUAAUCCAUCGCUGGCUAUACAUGCAAGGUCAGUAGAAACUGAUUCCAAAGCAUUUCGGAGAAAAACCAAUAAUCGAUAUUAUAAAAAUCAUGCACAAAACAGAACGGACUGUAAAAACGAUCAUAUUAAUAACUAUCCUAAAUCAAAAACAUUCAUUCAAAAACCAAACAAUAGCAAAAGGAAAAACAUUUUAAAUUUAAAAGUCUAUCAAUUGCUGAGAUUGAACAAACGUCAAAUUCUAGACGGCCGUCAAAUUGAGUUCGAUAACGAUUUGAAUUAUAGUGCCACGAGAGGAGAUGAAACUUACAGUCAAUGGCUGGAAUUCGAUGUGACCGUAGCAGUUCGGUCCUGGCUGAACAAGUCUCGCGAAAAUCUUGGCAUUGAAAUACAAUGCGAUAAAUGUAAACGUAUAGGAGCAAGGAUAUUAAGUGAAGUUUCAACUUUAAGCCCGCAUUUAAUUGAAUCCACAUCCCACCACAUCCAAGACCAAUUCCAUUUGACGCCGGUGUUAAACAUUAUUGGUCACUUUGGUCGGACGCACAGUGAAGAAGCAAUUCACCCACAAACUCUAAAUUUGAAGUGGAACAAUCAAAGCCAUAACGACUAUUUUACCAUCGUUAUGGACACGGCCAAGGUUCCAUAAAAAUUGCCAAAUAGUUGCUAUAGAGCGCAUCAACGGUGUUGUCGCCAUCAAUUGGACGUUGACUUCAAGAAUAUCAAGGGUUUCGAAUUUAUCAUUCAGCCAAAAACUUUCGACGCUGGGUAUUGCAAGGGUCGAUGUCCUCCACGCCACAAUCCAGCACACCACCAUGCACUUUUGCAGAGUCUUAUAUGGCAACAAGAUCACAAUCGCGUACCUCGACCGUGCUGUGUCCCUUCAAAGCUCACCGAAAUUGAGAUAUUACAUGUGGACGAAGAGCAUAGUGAUAAGCUGAAAAUAUCGACAUGGAGCAAUAUGCAAGUUAUAGAAUGUGCUUGCUCUUGA